AUGCUGCCCCGCAAAGCACUGUACAUCGGUAGCUUGGACGUACCCAGGCCCAACAGCCGUGUGGAGAUUGUGGCAGCCAUGAGAAGGAUUCGGUAUGAAUUCAAAGCCAAGAACAUUAAGAAGAAGAAAGUGAGCAUCAUCGUGUCCGUGGAUGGGGUGAAGGUGAUUCUGCGCAAGAAGCAGAAGAGAAAGGAGUGGACCUGGGAUGAGAGUAAGAUGGUGGUGAUGCACGAUCCCGUGUACAGAAUCUUCUACGUGUCACACGACUCGCAAGACCUGAAAAUAUUCAGUUACAUCGCAAGGGACGGCGCUAACAACUCCUUCAGGUGCAACGUCUUCAAAUCGAAGAAGAAGAGCCAGGCCAUGCGGGUGGUGCGCACGGUGGGCCAGGCCUUCGAGGUGUGCCACAAGCUGAGCCUGCAGCACGCCCUGCAGAACGCCGACGGGCAGGCGGACGGUGCCAGCGACAAGUCGGCCGAGGAGCAGCCGCUGGAAGUUCAUCAGAUAAAGGGCUCCAAGAUCACGGAUGUAGACGAGGUUGGCAUCGACUCUGACAGCAUCUGUGUGUCCGAGAGGGGACCCGGAGAGCUGCCCGCUGCCAGGGGGGACCUCGGCAUGCUGAAGCCUGGGCAAGCCCCGAAGGAUAAGAACUGCCAGGAUGCCGAGAACUGCUCCCUCCACCCGGCCAGCUCCCAGCAGCUGCUCAGCCCCGGCAGCCCCUGCUCCUCAGCCUCCAUCACCCCGCUGGCCUCCCAGCACUGCCUCCAGCUGCUCCAGCAGCAGCUUCUCCAGCAGCAGCAGCAGACGCAGGUGGCCGUGGCCCAGGUGCAGCUGCUGAAGGACCAACUGGCGGCCGAAACGGCGGCGCGGAUCGAGGCGCAGGCCCGGGUGCGGCAGCUCCUCCUGACCAACCGUGACCUCCUGCAACACGUCUCCCUGCUGGUGCGGCAGCUGACGGUGCUGGAAGCCCGGGAGCAGCACCGGCAGCCGGCUGACCGCUCCUUGCAAAACCUGUCCCUGGCUCAGUCCCUCUCCCUGAACCUGAAGAACCACUACAGCUUGGACAUCCACCUGCCCUCCACCUCCACCCCUGCCAGCAUCCUGGGCAGCCCUGUGGCCCCCGGCUCGCUGCCAGCCCUGGGCCCCGGGGACUCCUACCUCAACCUCGUCGGCCUGGAGAGGGGCGGCCACCGCUACGGCAGCAAGGAUGGGGACGAGUGCCUGGCUGUGCUGGAGGGGCAGGACGGGCUCAGCCGCCGCGUGGAGGGCUCCGAGGUCGGCGAGUUCUCUCUGCUCAACGGGAGCGGCCGGCAGAAGGUGGACGACACGGACAGAGGGGACGAGGACAGGAGGCAGCAGCCCAUUCCCAAGCUGAACCCGCCCCCACCCAUCCUACGAAAAAGGUCAAGCAAGACCUCCCCGAGCCUGGAAGUGGAGGUGAAGCUCGAGACCGCUGCUCACGCCAGCCUGCCCAGCCCCAGCGUCUCCAGCCUCACCAGCAUCGCUGCCAGCCCGCUCACCCUCUUGGACCCCGAGGCAAGGACUCCUGCCCGGAGCGCUGCCUCCAGCACGGAGCCCGGCCCUGCCGCAGCCUGCCAGCGCACUCUGGGCAAGGACAGGACUGGGGACAGUGGACAGAUGUCCCCCCUGGCCAGCGGCCACGACCCUGCAGCCACUGAGGCCCUGGCCAAGGACUUGGCCACCCUGGGCAGCCCCACGGACAGCACGCUGCCCUUCUCCCCUGCGGAUGACACCUGCUUGCACAUCAGCUUCUCUGAAGAUGAGCUACUUGAACCAGAGCUGGACACUGCCCUGGGGCCCAGCAGGGUCCCCUCUUAGUGGGACUGCAGGAGGUGGCAGCUGGCUGGCAGGCAGUGCCAGCAGCUCUGUCCCCAACACUCCACCAGCCCCCAGGGUUGGGGGCCCCCAUGCCCAGGCUGGGAAGCAGGUCCCUUCGCUGUCCCUGUCCCACGCAGCAGCUCUUCCCCACCACAUACGGGGCUGCCACACAGGAUGGGACCCAGCCAGCCCCCUGCCCUCAGGCUGCCCCAGCUCACACUGCCUUGUCCCCCCAUCCACUGCCUGCCCCGCAGCGGGGUGCUGCACGGGCUCCCAGCCUCCGGGCACCUCCCGCUGCUGCUGCCUGGCAGAGGCACAGUUCAUAUUUGUCACUGCAUCCCUUCUGCUGGCUGGGCGGCUGCAGGCAGCCCCGCACCAGCCCAGCCUUCCUGCAGCAGACGGGUGCCUUUGCCAGCCCCUGGCAGGGUGGUGCCAUCGCUGCCAGGCAGCUCAGGAGGGCAAGGAGCCGGCAGAUGGCACAGCCGCAGGCCAGGGCAUGCGGGAUGGGGACGGCACUGGUUUGAGUGGCUCCGGGGAUGUUCCACCCAGCCAGCGUUCCCCACAGGAUGCUCCACAGCAGAAACAUCCCCAGGAGCUGCCCAACGGGAGCCCCCGGGCAGGGACACGGCGCAGGGCGGGGAACACCCCGACACGAGGCUGCUAUCACUAACCCGGUUCAUCGGUUGUCACCGGCAGUAGCGGUGCAAGCGGGGUGGGUGGCACAGCCAUGGCGCUGCCCCCCUGCCCGGCUCCCUGAGGUGGGUGCCAGGUUGCCACCACGCUGCCAUGGGCCAGGUGUCCCCAGGGCAGCCUGUGUCCCACCAGUGCCACGCUGCUUUUGGGGAUGGCAGCCCCACCACCACGUCCCCAUAUGCAGCCACCACUGCCUCCCUCCACAGGUGCCUUUUCCCACGCCCCAGCACCCACUGCCCGCACAGGCUGGGGUCAGCCCCCCCCAGACACCACUAAUAGGGUGCAGGGCUGGCCCUGGGAGCCCACUGCUGGGGCGGGUGACUCCCCCGGAGGGAAGGUGCACCCCGUGUCUAGGGGUUGGGGUGGAAGAACCCUCCAUACCUCUCCAAGCUGCCAGUGGCUGCAGGCAGGAGGCUGCUCCGUCGCGCUGAUUUUAAGGUUUUCUGAUGUGGUUUGGGUUUGGUCAUGGAAUUGUGAGAGUCCUGGGAUGAGUUAAGGUUUAAGGAAGAAGCCAAGCCCUGGGUGAAGGGCCAAGGCAAGGCCCUUGAGUCGCCUUCGACCCGGGCAGGUUUGGGGGAAGGACCCGAGGAGAUGCUCAUCCCCCUCGGUUGUUUGCAAGAGGGAGUUGGGGAAGUGCUGGAUGGUCGAGAUGGGGAAGUGUCACACAGCGAUGGAGGAGAUGGAGACUCGGAGCAGCCGUGCUGCCUGUGCCCGGCACAGCCCUGCUCCCACGGGGAGGUGGGGGGGUGACAGGACCCGCACCCCAGAGCUGGGGCAUCACCCGGGGCUGGGACUGGGCCUGGGGCUUGUAAAGCUGCGGCUGGGCUGUCCUGUAGUGUGGUAGAGACAGACCAGCCCAUCCGUAGGAAUGAAGUACUCUGCAGUUUGGUAACUGACUUUUAAAGAAAAUAAAUAAAUAAAUAAAGGUGUCUGA